AUGCAUCGUCACUCAAGUAUCCUUGAUACUUUGGUUCAACUCCUAGUGCUUGCGAGCUAUUUGCAAGUGGUAUACGCGUUUCCCGCAUCCGGGGCACCUUAUGGAUGGGCCAGUCGAGUUGGCGAUGAAGAGUCGAACGCGGGCCCUCCCCUCCGUGGCAGCUCGUCGUUGCUAGGUGUUAUUCCGGAUGAGGUUAACCCGUCCAAUAGCGCCCAGGUCCCGAAGUCCUCAUAUGAGCUCGCCCCAGGCCAGAGUGCCAACGCGGAUAUUGGCAUCCCAUUCACCUUCAAAGACACCACCAACCCCCAACCCAUCCGUGGAGACCUCGGUUCCACCGAUCCCGGCCCACGUACUUAUGCCUAUGACCGCCUCAACCCAGAUACGCUCGCUCCCCCUGCCUCCGACAAUGGUUACGUCAAACAAGCCAAAUGGCCCAUCGGCUUAUCACACAACCGUAUCCUCCCAGGAAAUGCCGGAUGGACGCGCCAAGAGAACACAGACAAUCUUCCAAUUGCCACCGCCAUGGCAGGAGUAGACAUGAAGCUCGCCCCUGGCGCAUAUCGCGAACUCCACUGGCACAAGGCCAAUGAAUGGAGUUUAGUCCUCAACGGAAGUGUCCGCAUACAAACAAUGGAUGAAGACGGCCAAACUUUCAUCGAUGAUGUCAUGGCCGGCGACGUGUGGUACUUCCCCGCUGGCGUUCCACAUUCCCUGCAGGCAUUGGAUGAAGGCGCAGAGUUUAUGCUUGUCUUUGACCAGGGAGAUUUUGACGAUGGCGGUACAGGGCUUAUUACUGAAAUGUUCCUGCGCAACCCUAAAGAAGUGUUAUCGAAGGACCUCCAAGCGCCACUCUCGGACUUUAAUGAACUCCCCAAGGACCAGUUAUAUAUCUUCAAUGGAACGCCCGCACCCGCGAACCUCAGUGAACAGACUGUUAUAGGUCCUGGGGGAGUCGCAUCCGGUAACUCCAGCUACACAUACCAUUUGUCAAAACAGGAGGCAUACGAAGUCCCCGGUGGGAGCAUCAAGAUCAUUGACCCUCAGAGCUUCCCCAUCGCGAGGAUGUUCAGCGCUGCAUUGGUAACCAUCAAGCCUGGUGCAAUGCGCGAAAUCCACUGGCAUGGCACAAGUGACGAGUGGGGCUUCUUCCUCUCCGGCAACGCCCGCGUCAGUGUAUACCAGGCACCAACGGCGGGCGCGACAUUUGAUUUCUCGGCGGGCGAUAUCUCAUAUGUUCCUGCCACUGCGUCCCACUAUAUCGAGAAUACGGGUGUCGAGGACGUUGUGUUCCUAGAAAUGUUGCAGGCGCCACGGUUCACUGAUAUCUCAAUCGGGCAGUGGUUGAAGCUAACGCCAAGGCAGAUUAUCAAGGAUACGUUGCAUUUGCCGGAUAGUUUGUUAGAUAAUCUGUCGGCUAAUAAGCAGUAUGUUGUGCAGGGCGAUUGCAAUUAUACGGGUGUGGAGGCGGGAAGCGGAACUGCGUAA